AUCGCGAUAAUCGUUUACUUUUAUUUUGCCGCGUGUGCCUCCUAUACUACUCAAAUCUGAGGAUUAUAAUUGUUGCUAUUGUUGGACUAUUUGUUUUCAUGUCCUAGACUGUAAUUAUUUGCCCCCAUAAUGUGUAUGACAAGUCGACGCCCAUGCCCUUAGGCACACAAUGGCAGACGUGAAGGGGCGCCGCGCCUAUCCCUCUGCUUUACGCUUCUUGAUGCCAAGCGGCAAUAGCGCAACAGCUUCAUGGGGAAGUCACAAGGGCUUCAAAGAGUCCAGGAAUGACAGGCUGAACUGGCAGGACGGGUGUGAGCGGCUUAUCUGUCAGGCGUGGGCCGCCCCGCCGGUGCCUGCUGUCAGAAAACUGAUAAUCGAAGCAGCAACAGCUUCCCUCGGUCCCUUGCCAACGAAUCCCUCUCAAGACACUCACUUUCACUCUCAUUCAUCCGAUCGAUGGAGCUGUCCUGGAACUUCCGCUUUGGGGUCGUCAUCCUGGGAGACUCGUUCGUGGGCAAGUCGUCCCUGCUGAAGCGCUACACGGACGGCACGUUUGACGAGUCGAGUCAGUCACCGCUCGGCAUCGACUUCAAGGUGCGCUUUCUGGAAUUCGACCCCGGCGUGCUGAUCAAACUGCUCCUGUGGGACACGGCGGGCCAGGAGAGGUUCAGGUCCAUUGCCAAAUCCUACAUGAGGAACUCAGUGGGUUGCCUCCUGGUGUUUGACCUCUCCCAGCGGCACACUUUUGAGCGGGUGCGGGACUGGCACAAGGAAGUGACGGAGUACGUGAAGCCCUGCAUGAUGGUCUUCAUGCUGGUCGGCCACAAGAGCGACCUGCAGGAAAACAUCGAGGUGAGCCGGGAGGAAGCUGAAGGUCUUGCGAAAGAGCUACAUAUGGCGGGCUACACUGAAGCCUCAGCGAAGGAGAACCUCAACGUGGACCUUGCCUUCGAGAACCUCACCAGAGAGAUCUACCGGCUGUUUAUGGCUGGUAAGAUCCCAGUGAGGAACGGCUGGUAUGGCUUGACUGUGGGAGCCCCGCUGCGUUUGGAGGAGCCGUUAACUCAACGGUCAAGGUGCUCUUGUUAGCUGCAUUGCAGGAUGUCGUGUAUUCUUUGGGAUGAGGAGGUGCAAGUACGUCUCCAGAACCGAUUACCUUUUAGGAGGUAGGAGCUGGAGAGCUGAGCACCACUGCCUGUUCCUGCAGCAGUGCCUGGACCUUCCUCUCUUGCACAUGCAGAACGCCCAUGUUUGACCCAGACUGAGGUCUACAGGCUUGGCCUCACUGCUGUAAUCUUGUUGUUUGAAACUACCUGUAAUUAAAAGAUCAGCCACCGGGAGCACUGUUCAGAUCUGAAUGUUAAUAAUAAUAAUUCUUUACAUUUAUAUAGCGCUUUUCUCACUAACAGCCAAUCAUAUUGCAUGUUAAGAGAGAGGAGUGGUGUCAGCAAAGUCCAGUGGAUCAGUGCCACCUGAAAUGUAAAGUCAGAAUAACUGUUAGUGCCACCCAGUGGCAGGACCCUCAAUACAGGCAGCCUUUGCUUACUCCGCAAAAUGCAUCUGGCACUCAAUUCAGACUGUGACGCUGUAUGUGCCAUAUAUUUAUGCAAGAAAAAAUAAAAAGAUACAUUUUU